AUGACUAUUAAUACUUCACUUGAAGAUGAUAUUAAUAAUGAAGUAAAUAAGAUUAUUAUUAAUAAUUGGAGUUUUUUGGAUUAUAAUUGGCCUAUUAUAAGUUAUGAAUAUAAGCAUAGAACUGAAAUAAAACAUAUAAAAAAUAUUAAAGAAAUUAAAAAAGAAUUAGUUAAAAAAUUAGGAUAUAUAUCUGUAUUUUUCUUCUUAGUUGUUUUAUACACUAGUAAAGAAUAUCCUGCACCAUAUUUUGAAGUAGAAAAAGGGUUAUUCUUAUUAUAUCAUUUGGUAUCUGGGGUAUCAGGUAUAGAUAUAAAUAAGUUUCUUCCACAAAGUAGCUUUCAUAAAUAUUAUAAAAAGUUUUGGAUGGAUGAAGAUAACUACAAAAGAAUAAAUAAAAUUAUUAAUGAUUCAUUAGAAAAUAUGUUUUCUUCAAUAAGAUUAAGAAUUUUAUCUUCAUAUAAACAUAAUCCACCACUUUUUAAACACGUAACUUUAAUUAUUGAUGGUCACGAUUCCAGAAUUAACUAUGUUGAUACAGAUAUAAAAAGAGAAAGACUAUUUUCAUAUAAGUUUAAAAAAAAUGGAAUAAGAACACAAAUAAUUUCUGAUAUUAAUGAUAUGAUAAUUUAUAUUUCAAAAAGUGAUUUUUGUGCUGAUAGUUCUGAUGGAAGCAUGUUUUUAAAUAUGAAAUUAUAUAGAAAAAUAAAUAGUUAUGAUGUUUUAGCAACAGAUGGUGGAUAUACUUUAUUUAUAAACCAAUUAAUAGAUUUAUCAUCUGAAAAAGGAUUUAAUCUAAAUAAUAAUAAUUUUAUUUAUCCUAUACGUAAAGAAGUUAAUUUAGAUUUAUCAUCCGAUGAAAGGCACUUUAAUGAUGUUUUUGGUAGUUUUAGAUCCAAAAUUGAAGCACAAUUUUCAGAUAUUGGAAAUAAGUUUUUAAGAUUUAGUAACAGUAACUCAACUGCUAAAAUAGAUAAUAUUAAAUUUUAUAAUUUGCAAUUCAAGACAGCUUGUUUGUUAAAAAAUAUACAGAAAUUUGUAGAAAUAUUUAAUAUUAAUAUACAAUCACACCACAAAUUAUGGGAAUCAGAUAAUUUUGAAUUUCCUUUUAAAGAAAAGUUAAUAGAUAUUGUAAUUAGUAAUUCUAUGGAACAGUCAAAAAGAAAAAAUGAAAUGUUAGAGUUACAAAAAAGUUUUUUAGAAUUUUCAAUUGAUACUAAUAUGAUUAUUGAUGAAUUUAGUGAAGAUAGUAAUAAUGAUAAUAAUAAAUUAAGUUCAGAUGAAGAUGUUCCUAAAUUUAACGAGAAAAAAAGAAAAAGAAAAAAGAAAGGAAAACAAAAAGUUAUUAGUAUUGAUAAAAUUAGAAAUAUAUCUAAAAAUAAUUCAUAUGAAGUUGAAAAAAUUGUAAAUCAUGUAUUUGAAAAUAAUAAUUAUAAAUUUUUAAUAAAAUGGAAAGAUUACAGUGAUGUAGAUAAUACUUGGAUUACAUUAGAACAAUUUAAUGAAAAAGAUAUGUUAAAUAAAUAUAUGAAAGAACAUAAUUUAGUUUAA